AUGAUCUUCUUGAGUAUCCUGGCAACUGGCUUCUGCGGCAUUGCCGUCCAGGCCGCAGUGCAUUCCAAUGGCACUGCCGAGGCCAAGUUAGCCCAGAUCAGGGAACUGCUCACGCCUCAGCUCUCAGCGAAUGCCACGAUUGUCUUUCCCGACUCCGAGAAAUGGUAUGAUGUUACACAUCGUGCUGCUGCCCCCCGCGUCAACCCGGGCUAUCUCGCCGUUGUCGACGUAGCUGCCGAAGACGACGUCGUGAAUACGAUCAAAGUCGCUAAUGAGAUCGGAGUCCCGUUCCUGGCUGUCACCGGCACCCACGGUUGGACCGACGAUAUCAGCAAGAUCCAAGGCGGAAUUCAGAUUCGCAUGCGUGGCCUCAACCACGUCGGUCUUGGACCCAACAAUGACACCGCAUAUGCCGGCGGUGGUGUUAUUCAAUAUGAAGUCGUCCAGGCUCUGUAUCCGUAUGGAAAGCAAGCCGUCCACGGUCUUUGCGAGUGUGUCUCCAUCAUGGGUCCUCUCCUUGGUGGGGGUCACAGCGUGCUCCAGGGUGAUCACGGUUUCGCUGCUGACAACUUGGUCUCGGCCAAGGUCGCUCUUCACGACGGAACCGUUGUCACCGCCUCGGCCACUGAAAACGAAGAUCUCUUCUGGGGCCUUCGUGGUGCUGGUCAUAACUUGGGUAUUGUCCUCGAGUUCGAGGUCAAGGCUUACGACAUCCAACCGGAUCCAUGGACAUUUAUGACCCUCGUCUAUGAGGCCGAUAAGAUUGAAGAGUACUUCGAAGCCUGGAACGAGCUCGAGGACACCAUUGCCGACCCCGGCCUGGUUGUCCUGAACGGUUACUACCGCAACUUGCCUGAGAUCAACGCUGAGAAGCCUGUUCUCGUCAUGGAUCUCAUCUACCAGGGCUACGACACCGCCGCUCCCCAGUACAUUGAGGCCUACCGUGCCAUCGGGCCCAUCCACGAGGAGACCAUUACCGAUAUCUAUUGGAACAAACUCUUCGACAUCACCAACUUCGGUCGUGACGACCGGGUCUGUGUCCCGAGUCAGAAUUGGGCCGGCUACGUCAACUCCAUCGUCCGCUGGGACCCCCCAGCCAUGCGCGAAAGUUACAACAUCUUCGCUGACCUUGUCGCCAUUGAAACCUACAACACCUCCACCUUCAUCUUCGAGUCCUAUGGUCGCAAGGGUGUCCGCGACUUUCCCGAUGACUUGAACGCUGUCGCACCGGAAGAGCGCAACAAGCACAACAUGUUGGCUGCCUUCCUGUUCUGGUCCGGUAAUAACGAGACUGACCUCACCGUUGCCCGCGAUUUCGGGGAGAGACUCCAAGUUGCCAGCCGCAACGGUGAGAUUGCUCACUCUUACGUCAACUACGCCAUAGGCGGCGAGGAGCUUCCGCAGGUAUACGGCCGUGAUGUUGACCGCAUCGAGAAGCUCCAGGCCAUCAAGGCCAAGUUUGAUCCUUACAACAAGUUUGGAUUCUAUGCUUCCCUCGCAGCUUGA